AUGUCGAACUUGAACCCGGACUGCUUCCGCCACGGUCGUCGUGGCUACCUCGUGGCUCCAGUCCAGGCAUUUUCCGCGCCCAAUCCACCCGCCCACUGGCAUCCAAACAUGUCCGACCCAACACAUCCUCUACGCACUUUCGUGUUCUCCGCCGCGCACUCGGCGAAGCUGCAAGAACGCCCGGCGCGCGGGCGCACAGAAUCGGAGCCCGACCCGGGGUGGCGGCGGCUCCGCGCGACCGAGGCGGACAGGGAAGAAUGGGGGUUCUACCUCGACCUCGUGCAGUCGCGCCCGGCGUCGUCCAGCUCGACAGCAACGUCGUCCACGACGACCGCGGCGAAGGGGGAGGCAGAGGGCGCAGAUGCGGAGCACGUGCGGGCGGCGGCGCGGGGAAGGGGUUCUCACGGUUCCCGUACGUGCUCCCACACGCUCGCGAUGGCCUGA